AUGCUUAUCGCCGUUUCCGUGAUCGUCAAUCUACGCAAUCACCAAAAGCGACUUCGUGGCGGAGAAGGGACAAAAGUGAUCGACAGGCUUCGAAAACACAUGGGCACCUAUCGCUACUUGAUGUUCUUGUUCUGUGUCUCGGAGAUCAUCUACUCGACGGCUCAUAUCGUCAUCAUGCCCGAAAUGCACGUGCACGGCCGAGGCUUUGUCUUGAUGCCGAGCUCGUUUCUCAAAAACACGAUGACACCAGCUCACUGGGGAUCCGUCUUCUACGGGAGCCUCUUUUGUCAGAGUCUUGUCCUUUUGUCCUUCCACUUUGUAUAUCGAUACUUCUUAAUUUGCAAAAAUCAAUGGCUUUACCUGUACAACUUGUGGAAGUACGUGCCGAUUCAUUUUGGCAUCUGGCUGUUGGCGGGACUCAUUUGGGGAAGCGUGCUCCAUAUUUACAUGUAUCACAAUGACACGCUAAUGAACUAUUUUCGCGAUGCUCUCUGGGAAGAAUACGGCUUCGACGUGAACAAAACGGCUAUACUUGGUCCGUUGUACAAGCAUCCAGACGAGAAUGGUGUCGAGACAGCCGCCAUGAGUGAAUCUUCGAGGAAACUCCAAGUGCAACUCUUCAGAGCUUUGCUCGUUCAGACGGCGAUCCCGAUUGUCCUCGAGUACAUCCCAUGUGCGGUCACCUUUCUCAGUCCCCUAUUCGCGAUCCCGAGAAACACGAUCUCGCACUCGUCAGUGAACGGGGACACCUCAGAGUUGCAAACCUCUCAGGUUCACUCAACACAAGCAGCCCAAAUCUCCGACAUUCACCUAACACAAAAAGACAAUCCGAAAGCGAAAUCA